UCUCCUCGGCCCAGUGCCAGCGCUGCUCUGCGCAUGCCCAUCCGGCCGAGCCGCCUUCGUGGAGUGUCCUGCCGGAUACAAACUUUCCCCUGGACGAUGUCGCCACCCUCUCCUCCCCGGGAUCGAGUCAGAAACAGUUUGAUAGAUGAUGCUAAGACCCGCUUAAAAAAGCAUGAUGUUGGAACCAAACAUUCUCACUUGUCGCCUACCAAAUACUCCAUCCUUUUACCAUUGGUGGCAAAAGAAGGAAAACUCCAUCUGUUGUUCACCCUCCGAUCAGAUAAGCUAAGAAGGUCACCUGGAGAAGUGUGCUUCCCAGGAGGCAAGUGGGAACCUACAGAUGUGGAUAACGUGGCCACAGCUCUCCGGGAAGCCCAUGAGGAAGUGGGACUGCAUCCUCGUCAAGUGGAGGUCGUCUGCCGCCUGGUGCCGCAACCGCUUGACAAAGAUACAUUGUUAACCCCAGUUGUAGGAUUUAUAGACCACAACUUCCAGGCCCAGCCUAAUCCGGAUGAAGUUAAGAAUGUGUUCCUAGUGCCUCUGGAAUAUUUCCUGCAUCCCCGUGUCUACCACCAGAAUCGACUGACACGUUCAGGUCAUCAUUUUAUUCUUCAUUGCUUUGAGUACACAACCCCUGAAGAUGGUAUGACUUACCAUAUCAAGGGAAUAACUGCAAAAUUUGCUGUGUUCGUUGCCUUAAUUAUUUUGGGGAAAAAACCCACCUUUGAGGUCGAAUUUGAUCUCAACGAUCUAAUAUCAUCCUCUGAAGAGGGCUUCCUGGAGCUUCGUGAACAUGCUGCAAGCAAGUUAUGAUUUAUGAGACCAACAUCCAACUGACUACCUAAGAGGUUUUUAUGGGUGCUUAGCCACAGAAGAGCAACAAUGCCAGCUGUUGGAAUUUGACACGUGGGAAUAUUUUUCCUGCAAUAGGAAGGUAAAAACCUCGUCUUCUUUUCACUUGCCCUCUAUUACCUGAAAGAGCAAAAGUCUUUCAAAAGUGGGAAAAUGUCUUUAUCAUGUUGCAUAAUUCACCUAAAAUAUGUUAACAAUAUUUUUCUUACACAUGUAAGAAAAUUUAUCUGGCACAUAGUAGACACUUAAUAAAUAUUCGUUGAAUAU